CGCCUAUAUAUACAUUUAUGUUCCAUAUCGUCCAACUGACGGAAAAAAAGGAGAGGGGAAUAUGACUGCAACGCCAGAUAUUUUCCUCCAAGAUUGAAAAAUUCGAAAACAGAAAACGACAAGUUAUACACGAAAAUCCCAAAAAGGGGGAAAAAUUAUCGCCCAAUCCAUGGAUAUCCAAACCACCGCCUCCUCCUCCGCCGCGAGGAGGGCCUUUCUGUUAAUCAACGCCGUCAUCCUCGGCAUCGGCAACUGCGGCGGCCCCCUUAUCAUGCGCCUCUACUUCCUCCACGGCGGCAAGCGGAUCUGGUUCUCCAGCUUUCUCGAGACCGCCGGCUGGCCGGUCAUGCUCGCCCCCCUCGCCGCCUCCUACGCCCGCCGCCGCCGCGAGUCAGCCGCGGCGCCGCUGGUCCUCAUGGGAGCGCGCGUGUUCCUCGCGGCGGCGGCGAUUGGGAUCCUGACCGGCCUCGACGACUACCUGUACGCGUGCGGCGUGGCGCGGCUGCCGGUUUCGACCUCGUCCCUCAUCAUCGCGGCGCAGCUGGCGUUCACGGCGGUGUUCGCGUUCUUCCUCGUUGGGCAGCGGUUCACGGCGUACUCGGUGAACUCGGUGGUGUUGCUGACGACGGGGGCGGCGGUGCUGGGGCUGCACGCGAGCGGCGACCGGCCGGCUGGGGAGACGGCGCGGGAGUACUGGAUCGGGUUCGCGAUGACGAUGGGGGCGGCGCUGCUGUACGGGAUGGUGCUGCCGCUGAUCGAGCUGACGUACAAGAAGGCAAGGCAGGCGGUGACAUUCACGCUCGCGCUCGAGAUCCAGCUCGUCAUGUGCUUUUUCGCCACCGCCUUUUGCACGGUGGGGAUGGUUAUCAACAACGAUUUUCAGGCAAUUGGCAGAGAAGCAAAAGCAUACACACUUGGAGAGCAAAAAUACUACAUAGUGGUUGCUCUAAACGCCCUAAUUUGGCAGUGUUUUUUCGUGGGAGCCAUUGGUGUGAUUUUCUACUCGUCCUCCCUAUUAUCGGGCGUGAUCAUGACUGUGUUGCUCCCCAUAACUGAAGUUUUAGGUGUGUUUUUCUACAAUGAGAAGUUCCAAGCAGAAAAGGGCAUCUCCCUUUUCCUCUCUCUUUGGGGAUUUAUUUCCUAUCUUUAUGGCGACAUGAAAAAUAACAACAAAAACAAAGAUGACGAGCAUAAAAAACCAGUCACGCAAAUACAAGGAGAGACCCAGUUGGCUACUCGGAGAAGUAAUUCUGCUGGUUCCUAAUUUAUCUCUGUUAUAUUUUAUUAGAUUAAUGAUCUGAUUUUUUGUGUUUUUUGGUUAAUUAGUUUUUUCUUUUUCUUUUCUUUUAUAAAAAAAAACCGUUUAUAAAUUCCUAAACGCAGUAAAUAAUGGAGUUCUGGUGGAAUCCAUCGGGAUAAAAAUGAAAUGGGAUUUGAUUUGUUUCGACAUUUCUGAAAGUAGGUCAUAUAUUUUUCAUCACUAUGGAUAAAUCAUAGUGUUUUAAGAAAAUGCAAAAUUUUGAUGUUAAGUUAAGUGUUAUACUCUUGUUUUCAAAGUUUUAAAAAAUGCGACAUUUUGACUAUGAAAGUAUAUAUAUAUUCGUG